AUGCCGUCCAAUUUCAAGUUAAUCUACUACAAUCUGACGGGUCGCGGGGAGCCCAUCCGGAUGCUCCUCACCUACGGGGGCGUACCGUUCGAAGACAGCCGCUUCGAAUGGGACGAUUGGCCCAAAAUCAAACCCACUAUGCCUUUGGGACAGGUACCGGUGUUGGAGAUCGAUGGUAAACGGUACACGCAAACCAUCCCGCUCUGCAGGUACCUGGGGAGGAUGUUGAAGCUGGACGGGAAGGACGAUAUGGAGAAUUUAGCUAUAGAUUCGGCCGUAGAGAUACUUUGGGACGUACUAAAAGUGGCGUACGAACGUAAUUGGGAGACUUCGGAUGAGAAAAAGAAGCAACUGGACGCGAAAUUACACACACUAUCGCCGUUGUUGUUGGGUAAACUCGAAGAGGACGUCAAGAGAAACGGCGGGUUUAUCGCUUUAAACAGGAUAACAUGGGCUGAUAUCGUGUUCUUGUGCUCCUACGAAGACAUGAUGAAUUUGGUGCCGGAAAAGGACCCGUUCGAGGGCUUCGCGAAUUUGAGGCAGCUGAAAAACAAAUUGCUCGAGAACGAAAAUCUGAGGGAGUAUAUUAAGAAGAGGCCGGUCAAUAAGAUGAUGAACCGAUUCUCUUUGAUAAGCGAUUUGUAA